AACCAUUCUGCUCCCCAAAGACUGGAGAGACACUGCAACCAGGAUUUUAGAAUCAAUGGGAUCCUAGUCACCCAAUUGUUGGGGUUCCUUGACAAUUGGGUGACCGGAACACAGUUUGUUGGGCUGGGGAUUGGAGAGACCAAGCACUGCCCUGCCUGGCAAUUGGAGGGACCGGCGUUUGACGGCUGGCGGUUGCGCAACUGUGAAUUGAAUGGCUGGUGGCUGACCCGGUCACCAAAACAGCACCAGGGCAGAAUUUCCAAAGCCAGGAAAUAUUUGGAUGAGCCAGGAGAGGAAAUUUGGCCAAGUCCAGCAGAUCCCCAAAGUAUCAAAGAAGGAGAAGAGAAUGAUGGAAGAUUCGAUAGAAGAAAAGAGGUUUACAACGAAAAGAACACGUAUCUUUUCUCACACGGGCCCGGCUUUUGGUUUUUUGUUUGUUUGUCCGCGUCCCUGGGGAACGGGCGUGAUGGACGUGGGUUCCGGCGCCGGGCUCGACUUCCAUCCGUCAGCGGGCGCUGGAAAACGGAACCCCAAAGCCUAUGGGUUCCGGCCGGGUAUUCGGAACGACGGCCCAAUCACCCGCCGGGUUUCGAAUUCCAGUCCGACGCGCGUGGUGGUGAUUUGAAGCACAGGAAUUCUAACAUGACAGAGAUGAAAGAGUAUAGGUUUGGAACCGCGGCUGCUUUCGGAGAACUGGACCCUCGAUAUUUUGAGGUCCUCGGGAUCAAAAAUGUCAAUGAAUCUGUUUUUCAGGAAGCCGAUGAACUUUUAUCCGAGGAAGUGAAUCACUUGGAUAGGAUUUACUCCUUCCAAGGCAAAACGAAGCUGAUUGAAGCUUUGAAUCACUGGGUUGGACUAGAUGACACAAGCCUGCGAAGGAUUAUUCGUACCGCCGAAAACCUUGAAAAAACCAUGCUCAGGCAUCCACAUUGCAGGAGAACUGAUGUUCAGAGCGGGGAAGGUGAACCUAGGUCACCGCGAAACCCUUUCACAAGUGAUCAAACUUUCAGGGCUUUAUACAAGCACUGCGUUUGCCUACCAGAAUAUGUUUGUCAUGGUCACCUGGAUCACGACAACCAAGCUGAGCUGAAGGCAUACAUCAACCAGCUGAAAGCUAAUGGAACGGCGGAAAAAACACGGGUGUACCUCCAAAGAAUUUUUUCGGAACUGUCUGAGCUUACGCUGAAACUGCCGCAAAACGACGAUUUCUUUCAUGCACUGAAAAGCUUCCAUCCACCUGAUUGUGGUACCUUGCAAUUUGACCUCCAGCAAUUUGACCAUCCUGAGCAAAUG